CUUGCAGAUACCAACGCUCUGCCAAGCCUGAAAGAACUUCUGGAGUCUGUUCCAAACACAGAGAAAAGGACCUGGGAUUUGUUUAGUUGGAUUUUGUCAUCUAAGGUCUUCAUGAUACAAAGUACUAAGAAGCAGGAGUACGAGAAGAUCCAAGAACUCACAGGGAUGUCUGGGGCUGCGGUUCCUGCUCCAGACUACCUCUUUGAGGUCGUGUACUGUGAUCAAAUGAAUACCAAGUUUGCCGAGACCAAGGGAGAGCGGGACCUCAUCUAUGCCUUCCACGGGAGCCGCCUCGAGAACUUCCAUUCCAUACUGCACAACGGCCUGCACUGCCAUUUGAACAGGACAUCCCUGUUUGGUGAAGGUACUUAUCUUACCAGUGACCUGAGCCUGGCUCUCCUUUAUAGCCCUCACAGUCUUGGUUGGCAGCAAAGUGCGUUGGGCUCUGUCCUUAGCUGCGUAGCUGUUUGCGAGAUCAUUGACCAUCCAGAUGUAAAGUGCCAGGUCAAAAAGAAAGAUUCAGAAGAAAUAGACAGACAAAGAGCAAGAGUGAAAAACAGCGAAGGGGGUGAUGUACCACAGAAAUACUUUGUUGUCACAAACAAUCAGCUUUUACGAGUUAAAUACUUGCUAGUAUAUUCACAGAAGCAGCAUAGGAGGCCUCCUAGUCAAUCUUCCUGGUUUUACACCCACCGUUUUGCCGUCAUGAUGAUGCUGUACCUACUGCUGCUAAUAGUGAUAGGGGCCAGCAACUCACCAACCUUCGUCUACUACUGGCACAGAAUGUUUGACUCUGAGAGAUGAAUUGCCCGAGAUGAUAAACUGUUAUUUUCACCACGUGCCUUAAUAAUAGCCGAUCUGCAAUGCACUGCAUCUGUUCCAGAGCGCUGGAAAUAAAGGUGCCUGGAGCUUUCCAGUCCUGUCUCCAAUAUGUUAUCCUCGUGGCAUCUUUCCAUUUAUUCUUAUUUUCUGUGUUGCGGUGAUUCGUGAGGAUGCCCAGUACAGCUGAAAAGGGCCACAGUGGUGCAGCUUAGCAUGAACCAAUAGUUAAGAGUCCAUGGGAAAAAGUUAUUUAAAAUUAAUGAAAACUCAGUGUGGAAACACUCAAGUGUAACUUAUUUCCUGUCGAAGUGAGGUGGUAAUACUUGCACAGGUUGAAAAGGGGAAUUUUUCUGUAUGUCAGGCAAGGCAACCAGUUUGUUUUCAG